CACACACACACACACACACACACACACUUACACACUUACACACACACCCAGAGAGCCUUUUUCUCUCGCUCUUUUUUCUCUUUUCCACUUGGCUCUCACCUCUUUCACCUUCACUCACUCACACUUUUCUUAUUUGGUGAUUGACUGUGUGAGAAAAGGCUUCUUUGUGUUUUAGCAGCAAGCCAAGUUUUGGGUCCGCACCCGCACCUAUCAUCUUUCUUAAGCCAACUAUCCUCUUUACUCUACAUUUUGCUUCUCGACUUGUCCAUUGCAAACAAUGACAACGAGAAAAGUUCGGUGGAACAAUCCAGAUGUCGACUCCAAUGGGCCCGGUCCGACCGAAAUUGAACAGCAGCACGACGAUGAUCAUCAACAACAACAACAACAACAACCCAACGAACCCUCAUGGCCGCCCUACGCCGUAAUGUACCCAAUGUCAAAACCACCUGUGCGCCACAGCAAAAGCAACAUUAGCAGCGAGUUUAGUAGCAUGACGAGUGAAGAAGAAGAAGAAGAAGAAGAAGAAGAAGAGGACGAGGACGAGGACGAGUAUGACCAGGACGACGUGUACGACAACAGCGACGAAGAAAAUGACGACCAAGACAAAGACCCAACACUCUAUCAGCAUCCAUCCAUUGCCCCAGAUAUGAUGCACGAACGCAUGGAAUGGCAACACAUGCUCCAUUCAGUGCUUAUGGGCGAAGUCAUCAAAUCCGAGAAAAAGCGACUGCUCAGUACCGACCAAAUCAAGCAUCAGAAGCCAAUCUCGGAAAUCUGGGUCUCAAUACGCGCGCUGCUGCGAGGACGCAUCCUCGACGAAGAACGCAAAUGUUUGGAAGAGGGGCGACGCGAGAUUGAACAGGUGCUGCAAAUGAUUCUGCAGUUCACAGUCGAGAGUGAUUCAGACAUGAAGCCGCUCGACCAAGUCGCCGAGGCGCUCAAGACGGUCGACCGCGUCGAAUCUCUCUAUGCAACGCGCGCAGACAUGAUCCGCGCCAACCCAAAAUACGCUUCGGCGGAAUUCGAACAACGGCUGGAUGCGCUGAAUGCCUGGUGCACAAUUACACGAAGCCUGGUUAUGCAGCACAAGAUAUUGGCCGAUUGGACCGGAUCCGACAAGCUGCUCUUGCACGCUGAGGCAAAGGACACGCAGAAACAGCAGAUUUCGUUUGUCGAGCGCAUCCUCAAAGAGUCGGCUUUGCAGGACACCUUUGACAAACGGACCUUGUCGGCCCUGCAUUCGCUGCUGCUCAAGGCAAAAGGCACCAUGGUGGCCAACAAUACGAUCUUCAAGCAGAUGAAUCUGCCGCCAUUUAUUUUGGACCUCAGACGGCUAGCAACAUUUCCAACGUCGCUCGUCCAAGAGGCGCUCAAGAUCCGCUUGGAGUACAAGGACAGGAUCAACGAGGCGCCCAAGCCGAUGGUGGACACGAUGAUGGAGGACUACCGCGGCCUGAUCACCCUGGCGUGCCGUGUCAAGCUGCAGUACGAGGAUCUGGCGAAUCCUGCGCCAGGUUGGGAUUUGCAAGGUGACACGUUCAUUGACGAGAACUAUGACGCUGUGCUACUCGAGUCGGUGCGGUCGUACUUUAAACUGAUUGCAUGGAAGCUCGCGAACGAAAAGGAGAACACACUCAAGGAAUGUGAUGUCCUCGAAAAAGAAUGGGAGUUCCUCAAGAGCACCGUGUGUCAGGCGGUCGAAACGAUUGACUGGGAGUGUGCUGAACAAUUUUGCUCGUUCACCAACCGACUGUUGGCUGAUCUCAUGGCCGACUUUAUGACGAGUCUUGACACGGCUGGUGCUGACAACGACGAGGAUGUCGAGUUCAAGUACACCGAAUUGCUGCACACAAUGCGCAUGCGUGCACGCAAGCUACUUCAAUUUUCCAGAUUUUUCCUGGGCCAAUUCGAGAAUGCUGCAGAGUAUGCCAUCGACGCGGAAGACACCAACCAGUUUGUCCAGCGCCUGUGGGAGACAGGCCAUUUCCUCGUCUACACCGAGUCCUUUGAGGAAGAGCGCAUCUACAUUAUAGCAUCACCUUCGUUGUAUGGCCGUGAGGAUGCCAUUUCGCCACUGCUGCGGUCAUCCUUCCAGCGUGAGCAGCUGAUGGUUCACACACCAGGGACCCCAGGAGGCACCACCAACGCCGAGCAGUAUGAGGAUUAUGUCCUCGUGUUCUCGCCCUGGCAAAACAUUAUCUGGAGAGGCGACGUUGUGCGCAUGCCUGUGCCCUUUGUCCCUCUGGGCAUCAAGGCGCGACGGGCACGACUGGUCACUGGCGAUACGCGACGCCUGAACUCCAUCAAAUCCAAAUUCCUCGCCUUGCUGCAGCAAACAUCGGGCAUCAGUCCUGUGCAAGAGCAUCGCGCCAACAUUCCCAAGAUCAACAAGGAAGUGACAAAGAUCAAAAUGAGUGUACUCAAGCUGGCGAACUUUACCGUCGACAGUGUUGCCGUGAUACGCGACAAGACACAGCAAAACUUGCAGGAACUGGUCGAAGAAUGUUUCAGCUUUGCCAGUGACUUUGGCAUGCGUGCAGCUCGGUUCUUGGAGAUCUCGGCACGCCAGCAGCUCGACUUGAAGCUGGUGCGGUUAGCAAUUGAUUGGAUCUGCUUUAUCACGGACGAAUGCAUUCCUACAGAACGCAAGACGUUUCGUUGGGCUGUGGCAGCGCUUGAGUUUGGCCAUCUGAUGACGCGUGGCACCAACAUUUUGGCAUUGACUGAGGACGAGUUUGCUACCUUACAAAGCCGCGUCGCUAAAUGUAUUGCUCUGCUUAUUUCACAUUUCGAUGUCCUGGGCACUCGAUCACGGUCGCACGAGCUCGAAUUGCUUCGCGAGGAACGACAGCGCAAGCGUGGCGUCACUGCAAAACGCAAUUCGUACAUGACCAGCAAGCGGUUGGAGGACAAGGAUGCCAUCACAACGGCUACAUAUGGUAGCGAAACAGGCUCGUCGGCAGGUGGCCCACCGGGUAUCACCUUUAUCCGUGACGAAUGGAUGCGCAAGAUUCACGAGCUGGAGGAUACCCGCAAUAGGCAAGAGCGCGAAAACAAGGUUGUGGGAAAGGUGCUGAACGAAAAGAGCUCCGAGGACAAGUCCUUGAUGUACUUGGCUCCAUCGUCAUCCAACAUCUCGUUCCGGUGGCAGCAAGGUCGCUUUAUCGGCUCGGGCACAUUUGGCUACGUGUAUCUGGCUAUCAAUCUGGACACGUCAACCGUGAUGGCCGUCAAGGAAAUCCGAUUCCCUGACUCUAGCUCACUCUCUGCGUUGCACAAGGCGAUCAAGGAGGAGAUGAAAGUCAUGGAGAUGCUCAACCAUCCCAACAUUGUGCAGUAUUUCGGCAUGGAGGUCCAUCGCGACAAGGUGUUUAUCUUUAUGGAGUACUGUGAGAACGGCAGCUUGGGUGCGCUUUUGGAGCACGGUGGACGGAUCGAAGACGAAUUCUAUAUUGUCAAUUACGCUCACCAACUGCUCAAAGGCCUUGCGUAUCUGCAUGAGAACAAUGUUGUCCAUCGUGAUAUCAAACCAGACAAUGUUUUAUUGGAUUACGAGGGUAAUAUCAAGCUGUCCGACUUUGGUGCAUCCAAGAUCCUUGCCAAGGGCCAAAAGACCAUGAACAAGACGACGAUGAGCAUGAAUGUCAACAGUUUGGCGGGCACACCCAUGUACAUGGCACCCGAGGUGAUCACGGGCGGCGAGACGGGACGCAAGGGAUCGAUGGAUAUCUGGUCACUCGGAUGCUGUAUUGUGCAAAUGGCAACAGGAAGACGGCCAUGGAGCACGCUUGAGAACGAAUGGUCGGUCAUGUACCACGUCGUGACAGGCCACCCGCCUCUGCCGGAUGCUUCGCAGCUAUCGCACGAAGGCAUUGAUUUUCUCAAGAAAUGCUUCACACGCAACCCCACCAAACGACCUACUGCGCAAGAGCUGCUGCAACAUCCAUGGAUCACCUCGUUCUUGGAAGACAACGUCCAGACGACAGCAGCAUCGUCUAUUCCUCUAGAGUGGCAGAGCGCUGUCAUGAACGGCAGCAGCGAGUCCAUCCACCUCGGCACCGAUCGGCCUCUGGUCCGAAGUAUUCCCAACAGCAUCGCCAUCACGGGUACAGCCAAUGGCAUCUCACGCGAAGAAGCUCAGCUCUACUUUCGCUCGGUCGAGGACGGUACGGAUCGGCCGUCGUCGUCGUCGUCGUCGUCGCUACAUGUCAGAGACUUUGCCCCAUUUCCUCCUUCAUCCUCUGCAUCUUCAUGGAGCAGGCGGAACAGUGCAGUGAGCACCAGCACUUCAGGAAGUCUGGUGCGCAGUGUCGAUGAAAACAGUCUUAGCAGGCCAGUAUCUCCAUUAUAGCAUUCUUAUUCUUCCGUUCACACACAAAUGCACCUUCUCUCUCCUCUAUUCCCUUUAGUAAUCAAUCAAUAACCACCCGCAAUUCAACCAACACACACACACACUCCUGCAAAGCAGCACUUUUCUAGCAUCAUUUUUUCUUUCUCCCUCACUCAACUUUCCACUACCACCACACUGUAUCUAUUUUAUUGUUUAGUAUUAUAAAAAAAGAAACCAAGCACCCGACAAAACGAGAGAUAAUACCCCCCCCCACACCACCCAACC